AUGGCUGUGCGUUUGUUCGAGGCACGAGAUCAUGCAGUUUCCUAUCUGAAAUACAGAUUCUCUCCCCCUGAAAAUCUCCAAAGUGUCAUCUUCUCCUACCUGGAAGAAAAGAAAGCAGACCCCAUUCGGCUGGCAGUGGAUGUCGGCUGCAGGUCGGGACAAAGCACUCGCGUACUCGCAGCUCGUUUUGAGAAGGUGGUUGGAACAGACAUCAGUGAAGCUCAAAUAGAGGCAGCCAAACAAGCUGCUUCCUUCCCAAAUGUUUCUUACCAUGUGUGCCCUGCAGAGGAGCUGCCAUUUGAGGAUGGUUCUGUGGACCUCAUUACUGCUUUUACAGCUGCCCACUGGUUUGAUCUGCCGAGGUUCAUGAAAGAAGUGGAUCGAGUUCUCAAGCCACGUGGCUGUGUGGCCCUUAUCACCUACACUACAGACUUCAGUAUGCACUAUAAAGACUGCUCGGAGAGGCUUACGGAAAUCUUCACUGAGACCCAGGACCUGCUUCUUAAAUAUGCAGAUGAAAAAGUAAAUCUUGUGAUUGCAGAGUAUAAAGAGGUGUUUCAGUCCUUGCCUUUUCCAGACAAGAAGAGAGUUACCCAGAUCUUAGACAAAAUUCCCUUAUCCGUCUCUGGGGUGAUCGGGCUAUUCCAGUCCUUCUCCAUGUAUCAAGCCUUUCUGAGGAGCGACCCUGAAGCAGCAAAAUCCCUCCUCCAAAAAACUGAACAAAGGUUCCUGGAGACCAUGGGAGUUUGCUCUAAUGGAACCCAGGUAGAGAACGGGAUAAGGAGUGUUUGUGUUCUGGGCUGCAAAGGGCCAUGAAUGAAAAAUCCAGCAAUGACCCUAUAGCCAGAAGAAAAAUCCUGGUUUUGGUAUCUACUUAUAACUGAUGUUAUCAUC